CUGGGGGCAUUUUGAUUGAUUCUUUUUCGAAUAACUUUUUAUCUGUUUUUCACGAUCUCUGACUGUAUCUGUUGAAUGAUCCUACAUCAAUCCAUUUCAACUCCUCGGCUUUGACCAUCCCAUCUGAAAAAAAAUAAAUAAAUACAUAAAUGUGCUUUUAACCAACCAUCCACGGACCUCAACUGCCACACUCGCACACUGAUUACUCUUUGGCUUCUUGUCCGACACUGAUACUUCGAGACCUUAAAAAUCCGGAUAAGGCUAAGAAUUUGUUUAAACAUGGCUGAGUACGACGGAGUCAAAGUUCCAACUGUUAAACUUGGCAAUCAGGGACUUGAGGUGUCAAAGUUGGGUUGUGGUUGUAUGCGCCUGAGUGAUAUCCAGUCAGAGGAGGAUGGGAUUUUGAUAAUAAAAGAGGCUUUUAACAAGGGAAUCACUUACUUUGACACAGCCGAUCUUUAUGGUGCUCACUCUAAUGAACUUCUUGUUGGAAAGGCGUUGAAGCAAUUGCCUCGACAAAAAAUUCAAUUAUCCACCAAGUUUGGUAUAGUGGGAGUAGAGGGUAGUGGUAUCAUAGUGAAGGGAACUCCUGAGUAUGUGCGUUCAUGCUGUGAGGCCAGCUUGAAGCGUCUUGAUGUGGAUUAUAUUGAUCUCUAUUAUCAGCAUAGGAUUGACACUUCAAUCCCUAUAGAGGAAACUAUGGGUGAGCUGAAGAAGCUUGUGGAGGAGGGGAAGAUAAAAUAUAUUGGGCUAUCCGAAGCCAGUCCUGACACUAUAAGGAGGGCACAUGCAGUUCAUCCCAUUACAGCACUGCAAAUGGAAUGGUCGCUUUGGACCCGUGAUAUUGAGGAAGAGAUAGUUCCUCUUUGCAGGGAGCUUGGCAUCGGAAUAGUUCCAUAUAGUCCUCUUGGUCGUGGUUUCUUCGGUGGCAUAGGAGUUGUGGAAAGUGUGCCUACAAAUGGUUUUCUGGCCUCCAAUCCUCGGUUCCAUGGAGAGAACUUGAUGAAGAACAAGACCAUUUAUAGUCGAAUAGAAACACUUGCUAGAAGGCAUCAGUGCUCUCCUGCUCAACUAGCAAUAGCUUGGAUUCUUCAACAAGGGGAUGAUGUUGUACCAAUCCCUGGGCCAACUAAGAUUGAGCACGUACACGACAAUAUUGGUUCCCUGAGGCUGAAACUGAGUGAAGAAGAACUGAAAGAAAUAUCAGAUGCUGUACCAAUUGAAGAGGUGGCAGGUGAUAGAGCUAGUGAAAACAUUCUGAAAGGUUCAUGGAAGUUUGCCGACACUCCUCCGAAACAGUCCAACAUCUCAACUUGAUAGCGGGGCAUUAAUGUCGGUAAUACUGUAAAAUCGGAGCAAUAUAUGUGGUUAUAUAAUUGUUGACAAACUUGUGUAUUAUUUGCACUUUGUGAUUAGGGGAUGGUAAUAAACUGGUUAGUUGAAGUGGUUU